AUGGCCGCUGAAGAAUCGCCUCAAGCUCACCUGAUUAUUGGCCACCUGGGCAGUGGACAGUUCAACUCCACCGAAAGAGCAGAGUGGGAGCAGAAGGCGCAAACGGUAUGGAAGAAGUUCAUGGUCGGAGGGACGGAGAAGUCGCUGGCGGAUAUUGCUCGUCAGCUGAAGCAAGAGUAUACGUAUCGCGCGAUAUUCGAGAAUCUCGGCAUUCACAAGGCGGCGCUCUCCAUCAUCCCAGCAGGCGAAGGUCCCGACGCCCACCAGUACUUGGAGAAUACGCAAGAGCUAAUCGAUGCAACCCGCGACUUCUCGAAACCGGCCAACGACGGUGGUCAUUUCCGGCAGCAAUCUUCGGCCACACCUACAUCGAAGACGAAGUCGACAGAAUCACCCAAGCUCAUCUCCCAGUACUACGAGCUGUCCGUGGACGCAAGACGAGAUGUGUAUCGCGACAUCGCAACAACCUUCACGGCCACGCUGUUGGCGCCGCUGGUCGGCCCCAUGGUGUUCCGUGCAACCUUCAAUUCGCCGGAGAUGCGUGAGUUCAUGCGGCUGCGUGUCAUGAGUACCUGCGAGUUACUCGUGUCGUAUGUCAUCGACCUGAACGAGCAGAGAGCGAUCAAGCGUAAUGCUAGCUUGUAG